GGCAAAACGUGCCCUUUUUCCUUUCUUUCUUUGAAGAAUCACGGUUUUACUGCUACUUUGAAUUUUCUUUUCGGCGUUGACCUCUUUUUGCUUCUUUUACAUUGGAACUACUGAAUUCUUUGAUCGAUUGACAUGUUAUAAUUGGUAAAUAAAAGCGUGGAAAUUUACAGUUUUUGGCACACUGGCAUGUUAUGAUAUUAUAAGGGUUCUGACUUCUGAGAGGAUCUCUCGAGGAUCUCCAAAUUUUCAUUCGAAGAAAAUUUGGAGAAUUUUCUCUGCAGGAUUAAGUUCUGCAAGUACAUCUGAACUGAGUUUGGCAAGUCCCAUAGUCCCACAUCGGGAAAAUCAGACUUGUUGUCUCGUCUUGGAACUAUAAAUAAGGGUCUGAGCUUUGAUGUUAGGCACACCACGAGAAGUACUACAAACACCACAAGAAAUACAGCAGACAUCACAAGAAAACCUGCUUAUGGUUUGAAGUCUUCUUGUUUAGGAAGCUGAAGGUGUUUUAUGGCCUAGGAACAUUUCCUAAGGCAUUUGUAAGUGUCCCUCUUUUAUAGUAGUAAUUUGCUCCUCUUUCUUCCGUGGAUGUAGGUCAAAGUCAUUUGACCGAACCACGUAUAUCUGGUGUUCUGGUGUUUUGUUUGUUCUUGUCGCUUUUAUUAUUUCCGCUUUAUUGUCUUUGUUGUGUUGCCAAAAUUACCCUUUGGUAAAUAUCCUGGGGCUAGCUCUAACAAACUGGUAUCAGAGCCUGGUUCUGGGAUCUUUUGGCAACAAUGACAAUAUCAAAGAUCGUUGUCGAGAAAUUCGAUAGAAAUGUCAACUUCGACAUGUGGCAACUCAAGAUGGAGGCCAUUCUGGUUCAAGACGGAGUUGAUUUGGCACUUCAGGGUGCUGAGAACAUUCCAGAUGGUACGUCAAAGGAAGAUCUUGCGGGUAUGGAUAAGAAUGCUCGAUCCAGUAUCAUUCUAAAUCUCUCUGACGAGGUUUUACGGGAGGUAGCUACGGAGACUACGGCUAAGAGCAUGUGGGACAAACUUAAAGCCUUGUACAUGAAGAGGACAGUGGAGAAUCGUCUCUACUUGAAGCAGAGUCUGUAUAUGCUUCGGAUGGUUGAAGAUGUGCAUUCUGAUCUUUGUUGGCAACAAUGGAGAGACAUACUUCAACACUGCUGCCUUGGUUUCUUGUGUGCAAAACUUCCCUAAGAGCAGGGGACCUGUGGUGGGCAUCCUGAAGGGAUUUGCCGGUCUAAGUGGUGCUAUUUUAACUCAAAUAUAUGCUAUGAUCCACAUUCCGAAUCAUGCAGCUCUCAUUUUUAUGGUCGCAGUUGGGCCGACCAUGGUGGUGAUGGCCUUGAUGUUCAUCGUGAGACCUGUUGGGGGUCACAGACAAGUGAGGCCUUCUGACGAUUACAGCUUUAGCUUCAUCUACAGUGUGUGCUUGAUUCUGGCUGCUUAUCUGUUGGGUGUCAUGCUCCUCGAAGAUCUAAUCGACUUGAACCGAACUGUGAUCACCACGUUUACUCUCAUUUUGAUCCUUAUUCUUUUAGUCCCUGUAGCAAUACCUGUGCUCUUGACGUCGAGUUCCUCCGAAGACCCUGCAGCCACUCUCGAGAGUCUUUUACCUGAGAAUACGAAAGGAGGAGGGGGAGGAGUAGGAUCCCAGGAACAAGCUGAGGUUAUUCUGAGUGAGGUUGAAGACGAGAAGCCUAAGGAAGUCGACUCGCUUCCUGAAUUAGAGAGGCAGAAAAGAAUUGCGCAGUUGCAAGCAAGACUGUUUCAGGCUGCAGCCGAAGGAGCUGUGAGAGUCAGGAGGAAAAGAGGACCACGUCGGGGAGAGGACUUCACGCUGUUACAAGCUCUAAUCAAAGCAGAUUUCUGGCUAUUGUUCUUCUCUCUGCUGUUGGGAUCAGGAUCUGGUCUGACGGUCAUCGAUAAUUUGGGUCAGAUGAGCCAAUCUUUGGGUUAUGAGGACACUCAUAUUUUUGUCUCCAUGAUCAGCAUUUGGAAUUUUCUUGGACGUAUCGGUGGAGGUUAUGUUUCUGAGAUCAUCGUCAGGAAUCGGGCGUAUCCGAGGCCUGUAGCUCUGGCAGUAGCUCAGGUUCUGAUGGCACUUGGACAUUUUUGCUUUGCAAUGGCUUGGCCACGGGCAAUGUACAUCGGCACUCUGCUCAUUGGGCUCGGAUAUGGUGCGCACUGGUCUAUCGUGCCAGCUGCUGCCUCUGAACUGUUUGGCUUGAAGAACUUUGGAGCACUAUACAAUUUUCUCACCGUCGCAAAUCCAGCAGGUUCAUUAGUGUUCUCUGGUCUGAUUGUUAGUGGUAUGUAUGAUCACGAAGCCGAGAAACAAGCUCGAAAUCGACAUAGUUCGUCAGCCUUCUUGUUUGGAAGAUUGCUCGAUGCAGCAAGCUUCAGUGAGGAGAAGACACUCCAGUGUGAAGGAGCCAUAUGCUUCUUCCUUUCUUCCUUGUUGAUGUCGGGACUCUGUGUCGUCGCAGUGAUCUUGAGCAUGAUUCUUGUGCACAGGACCAAGGUCGUCUAUGCCAGUCUCUACGGAAAUGGUACGUGAGAUCCUGAUUCAUUUUCCUGGAGUGUUGUGUCUGCUUUCAAGUAGUCGUGGCCUACUGCUUGAGUUUCGAUUUGUCGGUCGUAUCGUAUCGUAUCGAUCGAAUGUUGAUGUAUUUAUUCUGUGCAAAAGUGAAGUAUUGUGUAAAACGCUUGUGCA